ACUUAGGCAUUGAACAGCAUCACGAUUUAGAAACAUAUAUUGAGGAAGCCUUUACCGUUUCUUAAGAAGCUUUGCAUUUCAAGAGAGGACAUUAUGGUUAUGCUGAAGAUUUCAUCUUUCCUUGCUGUUUAUGCCUUGGUUAUGUGCCAGAUGGAUCGCUCCCAGGCAACCCCACUCAGACCUGGCUUAGAGUCUAUAACAGAUCGAGUGACACUCAGUGAUUACGAAGCUCGGCGAUUAUUAAAUGCGUUGGUGAAAGAAUUUGUUCAGAUGACCGCGGAAGAACUGGAACAAGCGACUGAGGAGAAUAGCAGUGUAACAGCACAGAAAAGGGCAUGUAACACAGCAACCUGUGUGACCCAUCGUCUGGCAGACUUCCUGAGCAGGUCAGGAGGAGUAGGCAAGAACAACUUUGUACCUACCAAUGUGGGAUCUAAAGCUUUUGGGAGGCGAAGAAGAAAUGCUCAAAUAUAAACAUCUGAAAGACGCCUGGAAUAUGGUUGCCAUGAAACUGAAAUGUUAACUCCCUUUUGUUUCUAAUGAAAGCAACUCUUCUCCAUAAAUCAAGAAGGCCAAACAGAAGACUCAUUUUUUGCAUCCUUCUAAUAUAUAAAAAUGUUUUGUUAAAAACAAAUGAAAGCACUUCUGUUAUGUAUAGUACAAAACAAUCUAAUUAUUCAAAUUAAAUUAUUGUAUAUUCUUUUUAUAUGCAAUUCUAUUUCAAAUAAAAUGUGAUAGCAUCUAUUAUUUAUUUAUCUCCUAGCAUAUAUGUGAAAUCUGACCCAUGCUAUUGUAUCUGGGCAAUACUGCCAAAUCUCGGGGAUUACACUAAAUUGCUGCCUGUCAAGGCAUAUCUGUAAAAUAUGGUGUGCUGUGCCUUGAUGUAAAACAUUUAACUAACAUGAUUGUACAGUAUGUUUAAAAACACUUCAGUAUUGUAUCAUUUGUGAAUUUAAGCAAAAUUAAAAAAAGUAUUUUAGAUACA